UUUUGAUCUGACUCUGGCCCAUGCAAGCACGAUGGAGGACAGCCUUUUAGCAUCAUACGCGAGCUUGGCAAUGACAGACCCCGGAGCCUUGCCUGCCCCGCAGCUGGCCCCUGCCGUCCUCACCUCCAGUCACACUUCGAAGCAGUGCAGUCGCGUUGCAAGUUUGCAAAUUGCCACAGCUAUUUAGUCCCAGAGAAGGCAGUUGCAACUUGCAAGUCGCCCUCAAUCUGCCCAGCCCAGACCGCAGAACACCCACCCACCUAUUGUUGUUAACCAACUGUUGGUGUCUUCUUUUAUUUCUCUUCUCUUCUGGGAUACCACCCAUACCUACCUAGUCGAUGGUGGGAAACAUACAUCAUUAAUUACCCACAACACCUAAUCAGCAUAUCUACAAGUUGGAUAACCCCCUUUGGACAUCGACACCUGAUACAUCCACCCUUCUCGGGACCCGACGGUCACGGCGUAGCAAUGCACACGGAACUGCGCGGGCGUCUCCUACGUGACAUUGCCGAGCUCAAGUUGGACCCGUAUCCCAACAUCGCCCUCCAUGCGCGCGACGACAAUAUCGACGAGGCCUGCCUCGUCCUGACCCCCGAGGGAUGGAUCUCGCUGCACCUGACUGUCAUUUUCACGAACCGAUACCCCCUGGACCCCCCAAUCGUCCGCAUGGACUCGAGUGUGCGCCACCCCAACGUCUUCCAAGAAUACAUAUGCGCCUCCAUCCUCAACACCACCGAGGGCUACACCCCCGCCUACACCCUCAAGGGCAUUGCCAUCCAGCUGCUCAGCUUCUUCAACAGCGCCAGCAUCGACCAGGAACACGGUAUGACCGUCAGCCUCGACUGGUACCGCACCCAGUCUUCCGAAGAGUCUCAACGCACCCCAUUUGCUUGCGACAGGUGCGGCUUUUCGUCGCAAGGCUCUGAACCCUCGUCUACCCACGUCCCAUCUGCCCGCAGCCCACUUGCUCGCAUGGCCACGACCGCACGCCCCGAAAAGUGUUUCAUCGACGGCUUGCCUAACGAAUUGCUACUUCAGGUUGUCGAGUCGCUCGAGUUCAAGGACCUCGUCAGCUUCUCGAGUGCCUGGCCCAGGCUGAGCCAGCUGAUCACCAUCUUCGAUGUCGUGCGCAUGCGCGAGAUGCAGUGCUUCGUUCUGAAGGAGAACUAUCUGACGACAAAACUCGGCGUCGGCGUGUCGGCGGGCGGUCGGGGUGUGAAGGCCAAGCUGCAGUCCGAAUUCGACCUGCUGUCGCAGAAAGCCUACAACACCCUCCACGUCCGCUCCUCAGUCCACAACAUCUCCUUCACACACUGGCUGCCACUGCCCAUCUCUCCGGGCCACUGGCGCCGCGUCGAGGCCGAUGUCCGGGACUCGCUGCAAACCAUAUCCCAGUUUGCCCGCACCGGCGGUUCGGCCACCGUCAUGUACGCCUUCAUGAACGACAUUGUCGUCCGCCUGAACGCCGACCUCGAGCGCAGCAACGGCGUGCGGGGCUACUCGCGCAAGAGUACGCUGCGCCACGCCUCGGAAAAGGCCAUCGAGUCGUACUUCCACCUCUUCCACCUGCUCCUCUGCCUGGCCACGAGCCCCACGGGCCCCGCUGAGUUCCGCGACAUUGUGCGCGACGCCAACCGCAUGAUCAGGUCCUUCAUGUCGGGCAAGACGGGCAAGGCCGACCACCCGAACCUGGGCUACCUGCUGAUCGCCCUGCUCAUCAGCGACAUCGACCCGACCGAGGAGCUCAUGAAGGCCAUCGUCGUCGAGACCAUCACGCGCAACGUCGUCUGGCUGCUCGACGGCAGGGGCGCCGGCAUGGCCGAGCUCGCCUACCUGGAGCCGGCCAAAGUCUGCGAGUACCGCCUCAAGAAGACGUUUGAGGGGUCCCGGACCUCGUACCGACUGCUGAUGUUUUCCGAGCUGUUUCGGCGCGCCGCGAGGCCCAGCAUCUCGCUGCCAUCGCUAACGGACGCCACUGCUGCCAAGAGCAGCGGCGCGACUAAGAAGUCGCUCAGCGAGCUCCGCGACGAGCUCUUCACGCGUCACGGCGGCGCGCCGUUCGCCGCGGCGGCGCACAUGGCGGCCGAAGUGCGGCGGCUGCAGCAGAUCGACGACUUCCCGUCCUUCCUGAAGGAGAUGGGCGUGACGAUCCCGACCCAGGCGCGCUUCACCGAGGUGCUGCGCGGCUGCGUGCAGGCCAGCAUGGACCGCGGCUACUCGAAAUAUGGCGCGUCGAUGGCCGCCCUCGCCAGCCUCCGCCUCGCCAGGGACCGCUCCAUUGAUCCCGCCGCCGUCGUGGCGGAUAUGACGGCGCGCGGCAUUACGGAGCGGCCGCUCGCUCAGCGCGUCGAGUUGGAUAUCAGUGCGGGACGUAUUGGCUUCUUUAUUUCCAAGGACAAGCCGGGCAACGGUAGAGCGCGGCCCGGGCGGGCGUGAGUGUCAGUUGCUGGGUACAUGUUGGUGCUGUUUCACAUCGUUGUGUCGUUGUAGCGGGGCUAGAGCAGCACGAGUCGGGGUGGAGCUUCCCACUUUCAGCGUACUGGAGUGUUAACUGCUUUCCUGUAGUAUCGAACUAAAUAUUGCAUCAGACGGGCAUUGGGCCAGCAAGUAUUCUUUGGAGAGACCUUUGGCACAAGAUAGAGAGACGAUUCCCUGCCUGAGGGACCAAGACAGCGGGUGCAAUCAACGCCCGCCGCAGUCUAAAAUGAUUAUUAUUCACCAGCAUAACGCAAUCGUACCAACCGUGCUGAAG